AUGUCUGCAGCUUCUGGACGACUGACCAUCCGUGACCUUGGCUACUCGCCUGGCUUGCUGCCUGUCGGGCCAACGAACAGCAUCCUGGACGUGACAGGGGUGCAUAUUGGACAAGUGACUCUGCCUACAUCAAACAGUCUACCCGCUGGGUCGACCGCAACAAAAGGCGUGACAGUGAUUUGUCCUCGAGCGCCUAAACAAUGGUACAAGCCCUGUCGAGCUGGUCGGUUUGUCUUCAAUGGGAAUGGUGAAGUGACUGGGCAUGUCUCCUCACCAGGCUCUGGCCAGGUCGAAGACUGGGGUUACGUGAACACACCCAUUGCGUUGACCAACAGCUUGAGUUUGGGAGCCGUCAUCGACGCAAGCUGGGACUGGAUCCUGGAGCAGGAAGAUCGGGCCAAAUUUGACCUGCUUGACCGAUCGAGACACUAUGGCACACCCAUUGUCGGCGAGACUGCCGACUGGAUUGUGAAUUCUGAUAUCCGUCACAGCAGACUUGCCAAGGACGACAUUCAAUCUGCUUUCGACAGUCUCAAAAAUCUCGAGUCCGGCGGGUCUGUCCACGAAGGUCAGUAUGGCGGCGGCGCGGGCAUGACAUGCCACCAUCACGCGGGUGGUACUGGUACAGCAAGUAGGCUCGUUGGUGGCGGCACGGACGGUGAUAGACAGUAUACGAUGGGUGUACUUGUCCAGACCAAUUACGGACACCUGCCCUCGCUUUCGAUUGGUGGUGUGCCGGUUGGUCGAAUCCUACAGAAGGAGAAGGCGGCGAAGGAGGGUGUCGAACCAGGUGCACUGGAAUUUGACCCACGUAAGCGUGCUGCUGAUCAGACUGGUCGAGCCAGUGAUGGCUCGAUUGUGGUCAUCGUGAUCACGGAUGCGCCUCUAUCUUCAACGCAAUUGAGACGCGUGGCUCGACAUGCUACGUCGGGUCUGGCACAAGUCGGAGGCCACGCUAUUGGAUCAAACUUCUCAGGCGACAUCUUCCUCGCAUUGUCGACUGCCGAAUAUGGCCCCGAGCAGCUUUUAGAUGGCUCAAGCUUGCGAGGAGCCUUCAAACCAAUUCAGACCUACGCAUCUGAGACAAUCAAGAACGAGAGUAUAGACCCAUUCUUCAUUGCUUGUGCAGAAGCCACAGAAGAAGCGAUCUUGAACAGCUUAGUGGGUGGUCGGCCUGGAACGGUGGGCAUGGACGGUACCAAGAUUGAUGGGUUGCCGGUGAAGAGGGUUGAAGAGCUUCUUCGGCAGUACCAUGUGAAAGUGUGA